UGUUAGCACCAAGAUAGUAGGAAAGGGCGGAGAGUGUGCGACGGGUGGUGACUGACUUGGUGAUCGGGAGUGGUUUAUCCCCUUCCACCGGACAGACUCUGGGCGUCCGGUGGUAAGGGGGAAUCAGCUGAUGGGAAAUGGUGAACCUUAAACUGCAAAACUAUUUUUCGACUAGAUGUGGUGUCGCAAAGGGGAAUAGAAUUCCAGGCUAUUCACGAUAGGCUCGUUUUCUACUACAUGGAAUUACUUGUAACCGAUUCUAGAAGUUCCUAAAACUUGUCUGUCCCAAUGGCUCAUAUUUUUGGCUAAAGGCAUGCAAAAUGUACGUCGUCUGCAAGUAGUAUUUGGGUUCUUAGAACAUUUGCGUCUUUUCUUUAGCUAUGGGGAUAUUAAAAGUUGAAUAUUGACUAAUACUGUGUCGUGUGUAAUCAAUCGCAUAUUAGUUGUCGAUAGCGAGUCAUUUGAAUGUAGUGGGACGCACUGAUCCUCUUUCGUCUUGAAAAUAAAGGCUCAUUAAUAUGCGUUUGAAAAAGACAUACCCGCCGAGACAGAUUAACCUGUUGUUAUUUGGAGAUAACUAAAGAACGAUAACGUUACGUCACGUGCGCCGCCACAAUACCCAACCAUAUAAAAAUGCCGCAUGGGUCCACCGAUGGGCGUCACCACUGGUGUUCUCUCCAGCUGACUGAGAAAUCGUUGUUAGACCCGAUUCGGUAGUCAACCGUGCAACAUUGAAAUUUGUGAACUGUUAGUUGCCAACUAGAACACAAAAUGUCACACGAUCAUCAUAUGAUGGGUCAUGAUGGACACGAUAUGCAUGCCGCCGGUAUGGAGACGACGACCAUGCAUGAUCACGCAGCGAUGAUGAAGGAUGCAACUACUGUACACAAUCACGGUGACGGUGGUAUGAUGAUGAUGAUGCAGAUGUACUUCUAUGCAGAUUACACAGCUGUUGUCUUAUUCAAACAAUGGGACAUUCAAUCUGUUGGUGCCAUGGUGGGAUCCUGUAUCGGCAUCUUUCUUAUGGGUAUCCUUUACGAAGGAUUGAAAUACUUCAGAGAGUACCUGAGUCGGAAACAUUACACAUCUGUUAAUUACAACGGUGUUAAAACCCCCGAAGGAGGUAGCGAAACAUCUAGUCAAGCAAGAACGCCAAUGAGCUUCAAGACGAGUGUGACCAGUGCGUCCCAUUACAUUCAAACGGCUUUACAUCUUCUGCAGAUGAUCAUUUCCUAUUUCCUCAUGUUGAUCGUGAUGACAUACAACGUUUGGCUUUUCAUCUCUGUGAUUCUGGGAUGCACCGUUGGCUACUUCUUGUUCGGAUGGCAGAAAGGGUUCCUUGUUGAUAUUACAGAACAUUGCCAUUAGGCAUGUGAUGGGCACAAGCUGAUGACCUUUACUCCUUUUCCACGAACCAACGGGAUCAAGUGUGUGUACAUUUUGUCACGUGGGAUUUAUUAUGUUCUGUUCCAUCGUGUUGGAACGAACGUUGUUACAAAUGAUUCGAUAGUCUGGUGUAUGAUUUGACAUUCAAUUUGAAUAAAUGAGACGUUUUAGCA